CGAUUCAAUGAGAUCAAUUAAUUCAUCAUCAUCAUCAAACAAAAUUGCCUCGUCCGAGGCUUGCUAGGUUCGAUCUUACCAAAAAAAAAAAAAAAGCUCCUGGGUUCAAAACAACCCAGCGGUUCUACUGGGUUCCCAAACCUAGCGAAUCUGUUGGGUUCGAUACCCAGCAGAUGCGUUAGUCUUCAUCUUCUUCCUCAGCAUCCUCCCACUCAAAUCUUCUCCAUUCAUUCUAAAUCAAACAUUCAAUUCAAUGAGAUCAAUUAAUUCUUCAUCAUCAUCAUCAUCAAACAAAAUUACCAAAAAAAAAAAAAAGAAAAAAGAAAAAAAGCUGUUGGGUAUCGAACCCAGCAGAUGCGCUCUGUUCGAUCAACUAGCAGAUCUGCUGGGUUCGAUCGAGCUAGCAGAUCUACUAGGUUCUCAAACCCAGCAGAUCUGUUGGGUUCAAUGGAGCCAGCAGAUCUACUGGGUUCGAUAAAGCCCAGUGAAUCUGCUGGGUUCUUGAACUCGGCAGCUCUGCGGGGUUCUCAAACCCAGCAAUGGUAGAGGUUGAAGAGAAAAGUAAAAGGGUUUGCAGAAGGCAAAGGAAAUGAAGAGGAAAGAGCCCCCGUUCGGAAGGAAGAGAGAAAUAAGGAUUUAGAUCUUAGAGGUUGAAGAUAAGGGUAAUAUAGUCAUUUUAUUAUG